UUUAUCCAUCUCUCUCUCAAUUUUCCCUCUGUUACGAACCCUUUGAAAAUUUGCCGGCGAAAUCGAAUGGCUCGUUCCAAGAAAUGGGCUUCGUUAAUCUCCAUCAUCGCUUCUUCUCUCUUUUCUUUCAUCAUCGUCUUCCAGAUUCCCCUCUUCAGAGUACCGUGCAGGAACAAGAGCUGCGAAACACCAUUAGAGGUAAUGUCUUGUCAGAUGAUUGGAAAUGAAGCCAUUCCUUCAUCCGUUGUCAAGAGCCUCCUUUAUCCUGGUGCCAUGGCCAAGUCUCUUAUUGGUGGCUCUGGACUCCCCAACUAUCACAAGCUGUUCAAGUUUUACGGCUUCGACGAGAAGUAUAGGUCCUCCUCCCUGUCGACAGAUAUUCAUCAUCUAGAGGUGUUUGCUGGGAGUUGUUUAUGUCUGCUAGGAGCGUCGCUGAGCCUGUUCAAGCCCACAAGAAUCAGCUUUCUUGGAACGCUUUUGAUAUAUUGGGGUCUUAUCAGAGAGAUUCUUCUUUUGGAAUCUGCUCAUGUUUUGGUAAGAAACUCUCUUCGUGUCUACCCAACGCUGUUUCUGGCAUCACUUUGUGCGUUUCUCUCCAUACGAAGCGAUGUCAGGAAGAUCAUCCGCUGUUGCAGAUCCAAGCCCCUUUCCCCAAAACGAGACUAAGGCUUCUGCUUCGCUAACUUAGAUUUGAAGAGGUAGAACAACUCUCAUUAUUACUUUAGACUUCAGAGAAACCUGUGUUAUGAAUCAUCAUCAUGAAUGUACAAUCAAGCUUCCUUCUUUUUUCACCAUCUCAGUCAUUUUCACUAUUAGAUAUUUUGUGGAAUAUAGUUGAUCUGAAUAUGAUACAAUUGAAAGCAAAC